AUGAAACGAACCUUUGCGGAAAAUUCUCCUUUCGAGUCGAGUCAAAAAAAGUCCAAGCACCACAGCAGCAGCAAUGGCUCAUCAUCAUCGGCACCCACAACUGUAAUUUCUUUACCAGACGUUUCAUUCCGUGGAGUGAUUGAUUCCUAUCAGCCACCAUCACCAUCGUACGGUAAUGAUGAUGCAUCAACUCCUAAACAUCCCAUCUUACAUUUGCUUUCAUUUCUUUCGGUUGAAGAUUUAUUGUUGAAUGUAGCGUUGGUUUCAAAGAAAAUGUACAGAGCCUGUAUGGACAGUGUUGAAGAAUUAGUAUUGGAUUGUGAUGAAAUGAAUUUGAGUAGUGGAAAUGGAGUAUCGGAAGAUGUAACCCAACUCAUUGAAAUUGUGAAUAGAUUUCCUAGGCUCAAAUCUCUCUCUUUGGAUGGAUUGGAGUGGUUCAAUGAUUUGUGUUUGAGCAGUUUGUUAGAAAAACUUCCUCCCAACUUAUAUGACUUGCAUAUCCGAGAAUGUGGACUUGAUUCUCCCUCUUUUGUCGAUAGAAAAUUACUCAAUUCCGGAACGUUUCAAAAUCCGAGCACACCAGCAUCAUCAUCAACCGAACAUAAUUCUGUAGAAAAAUCUCCAAUUCAACAAUUGAAACAUCUCCGAUUCAGCUCAUGCACAUUUACUUGUAUUGAAGUGAGAGCUCUCAAAGAAUUACUUUCACUCGAGUUUUAUGAUUGCUCACUAGGUGAUGGCGGGUUGAAGCUUUCCAAUGUUCCAAAACUUGAAAAGUUGGUGUUGUUUAAAUGCACUAAAGUCUCUGAUCUUGCAUUAUUAAAUACUCUGAAACCAUUGUUAGAGGAAGAAAUUGAAGAUUUGAAUAGAAGUUUUAAUACUCAAGAUGAAGAAAUUGCUAACGGAGAUAAACCUGCCAAGAAUGAUGAUGACAGCAUCUUUGAUAUUCACGUUAAUUUUAGGAAAAGAAAAUAUGGUGCAUUGAAAAAGCUCUACCUCACUGAAUGUGAGCCUUUGCAGAAUCCUGUCAUUCAAAGCAACACUUUGGAAGAAAUCAAAAUUAUUAAUUGCAAGUACAUUUCUAAACCAUUCAUUUCAUGCCCUGCCCUUACUAAUCUUCAAUUGAACUGGUGUGAAAAUUUGAAAAACCUAAGUCUUGCUUGCGAUAAUCUGCGUUCUAUUGAUUUAACUGGUGCAGGUAUCACUUAUAGCAGUAGCUCCCAAUCCAACAGUCAAGGUAGCGCAACCAAGAAAGAAGAAAAUACAGUUCUGCAGAACGUUGUAGGUUGUCUUAAACGAUUUUAUGGCGACCAGAUCACCAUUACCCUUUAA